UUGAAUGUUGUUUUCUGCAGGUCAAUACAACUACAAAAGCAAAUGAAACCAGAUUUACAGGAUAUACUUGUGAAUUGUGCUAGACUAUGCAUUGUGAAUAAGAAACCUGAAGAGGCCAUUAAACACUUUUUAAAAAUUGUCAAACAUAAUGAAUUUUCACUUUGUAGUCUUGGUCUGGCUUAUUAUCACACUGGAAAUUAUGAUAAAUGUGAUAAAGCAUAUAUUGAAGCUGAAAAGUUUGCUUCUUCUGAAGAAAUAAAAUCAAGCAUUCUGGCAGCAAGAUCAAUUAUUAUAAAACAAGUGCAAGGAUUAAAAAAGAUGAAAUUAUUUUUAGAAAACUCAGAAGUUAAUUAUUUCGAAGGAUUACGGAUGUUGUGUGCCUUAUCAAUCUUAGAAAACGACACAAAGUUAGCGAGAACGACUUUAGCUGAACUCGAACAAUAUAAAGAUGAUCCCAAAUAUCUAUUUUCCAUUACUUUUCUCAAUUCUUGCUUUUAUAUUAUUCAGGAGAAAAAAGAAGAUGCGAAACGUCAACUAUGCAAAGCCGUUUUUAAAUUUCCAAACAAUGGCUUCACCUGGAUUCAUUUGGCAUUUAUUUUACUUCAUCAGUAUAAUAAUUCCUCCGUUAGUUUAAAAAUAAUGAAAGCCGCUUCCCUUCUUCAUAAAACUGUGUUAAAUUCUCCGCUGACCCCCCUCUGUCAUCUGGCUGCCGGAAACGUUAAAUCGGGCCUGAAGGAAUCGGAGAAACUAUUACAUCUUCGUCCAGACUCUCCUUCAAAUUGGGUGUUACUUCUGACGUGUUCUCGGGCAGCAAGAAUUCCAAACAUUAAUCAUUUAUUUAGGUUUGUUGAAAAUCUUGUUGAAACGAACAAACAUUGUACAAAAUUGUUAACAUAUUUAUGUCUGGAGAAAGUCAUUUACCAUUUGGAUACAAAUAACUUAUCCGAUGCAAAGUUAACUUUGGAUAAGUUAAUGCAGGUCGAGGCCAAAGACAAUUAUACUCUGCGCGUGAUAGAAUUUAUGAAUAUUUUAUGCAACUUGAUCGAUGGUCCAACUAGCUUAGACGGCGAGUGCUUGAAGCGACUAGAGGUCCAGUGUCGAAAAAUACCCACCUUUACCUGGGCCAUUCUCGAAACGGUGAAAUUAUAUUUAAAAGUGAAAAAAGAAGAGGAGGCAAUAGAAUUUUUACAGCAACUUUUAUUAUACGAGAAGACAUCUCCCUCUUCCAGAUGGAUGCUGCAUAUUCAAUUGUCGUUAAUCGCUUACAGGAUUCUAAAGGAAGAUCCCGGCCGGCACCGUUACGAGUCCGUCUGCCGAAGAAACGCGGAGGAAGCGGCCCGGCUGCGCCCCCGCAGCCCCAUUUCCCACUUCCUGACGGCCGCCGCGGCGGAAGUGGCCGGAGAUUCGAGGUGGCGAGAAAGAAGCUUACGCCGCGUCUGGGAAAAUACCGGCGGAGAAGAAGAGCUGCGGAUACGAGAAUUGUCCCGGAGGAUUCUGGACCAAAUUCGCCGUCCGGAAGACCACUCGGCGCCCUUUUAACCUACCCGCCUCCGGCGACCAAAUUCCCUUCCACGCUUCCCUUCCCUUCUGUUCUUCGAAACGAGAGCCACAGUCGUCCGGGAGGAGACGGGGUUUUUUCUAGUCCCGGCUCUCCGGCCCCGUAAACCAUCGUUAUUUUGGUCCGGGGAAGGUAAAAUGGCCGAGACUCGUCUCUGUUAAUAAAGAAAUUUCCUACGUAUUUUCUUCGUCCAAAUAAAAAUAAGUAGCUAAAGGAGACCGCGACUGGGCUUCCGUCCGUUUGUUUGUUUAUUUAGUUAUGGCAACGCGACACUCGGGCGACCCGCCUAGGGAGAUGCCUUCCGGGAGGUCUUUAAGAGAAACUGUCCCUAUUUACGCGUUACGGACGUGGAGAAAACCCGGAAAACUUCACGUGGCCAGCCAGGCGCGAACCCACGAUCGAACUCCCAGUGUUCGGGGAACGAAGACCGCUCGGUCACCGGUGGGUCCGGCUUCCGUCCGUCCGGACCUUACCGGUCCCAAUGCGUUGCGCUCGGUAAAUUUUUUUUUAACUCCGUCCGCCCCGUGGGUGCUAAGAAAGCCUCUUUUUAGCCGGCCAGGGACGAGACCGGUUGGACCCCCCCGUAAAAUUUCCGGGAAUUUUUUUAUCCGGAUUCGAUGCCGGAUCCCCGCUACGGUGGGCUGCCGCCUCUACCCGACGUCUUUCGGUGUGGGUUUGGCCGGUGCCGACUUAAGUCAUUUUAUCGUCGGUCUAAAUAUUUUUCAUUUCCCGGGGAAAUUGCCUUACCCGCUUAAAAUCGAACGGGGUUACGCGGCCAUCCUCCGAGUACUUCCCUUCGGGAACUUUCCGCCCACCCGGAGCCGCGGGCCUACCGUUCCGGUGGAAAACCCCGGAAAUUUUUGGGGGAGAGAAUAAAAGAAAUUGUAUAGUUUAUCCGGUCCGCGCGGGGUAUCGACCGUUGGGACGCCGGGACGUUAACAUUUUGGGCAGAAGCUACGAACGCCCGAAAAGUGGGAUCUUUUAACCGAGUAAGUACAGUACAAUGGUCACGGAGCCUAACCGCGCGAAAUAUCUGCCAGUCGGUAAUUGCCGAUAUUUACGGUUUGCCAGGAGCCGACGGAGAGGGGUAAGGUUACCGAUCCGUUAGGCCAAAAAUCGGGUUUGGCGCCGCCGAUGUCGGCCAGCCUAGAUGGGAAAAAAUUAACUCUAUCUUCGUUCUCCCUAAUCUAACGUCGUCUCGGCUUACCCAGGCGUUAGCGAAAUGCUCGCCCUCCGGCGUUUAAAAACCGCUGUCGUCUGUCGUCGGCAGUAAAAACGAAUGGCGAUCGAAGCUUUGCUUUUCCUUUUGCCUUCCGAUGUAAGUUUUCGUCUCUUCCCGCGCCAAAACGGGCGAUUACUCGGAAAUCGGAAUUGAGAGAAGCCGUUAAGUGUUAUUGCCCCGCGGAGAGCGGAUUCGAGCGUUAAGAAUUGGCGAAAACGCCGUCGAUUUUAUAAGAUUUUCCCUUAAAGUUUAAAGUGCCGGUAAUAUCCUGCGGGACGGACGUCGAAGCUGCCGUUUGAAAACGGAGCGCAAAUGGAUAGAGGAGAAGGUGGUAUUACGGAACUCCAAUUACAUUAUAGCGAA